UCCUGCUGGUCUUAUAAAUUGACUCUUUACCCGCCGGACCGAAUCACUUUUACAGUUGUCCAAUUACUAACUAAUGACUACCAUUGCGGAGAACAGGGAGACGUUGCUUCAAAGGGGCCUGUCGGAAUGGUGGAGUGAGGAGACAGAGUACGUUUUCCAAAGGAUCGAGAGAUGGGCAGCCUUUGCACGUGGUUACAACCGUCUUCGAUCGCAAAGGUGGUUCAAGAAUCGGCAGACGAUGCAAGAGUCCUGGAGCGCGGCCUCCAACGAAACCCCGCCGCGAUUUCACGCUCUCAAACGAUCCCGAUGGAAAUCGCGUCCGGAGGAGAUCAAGAUCAACUGCUGCGGCACCUUCAAUUACCAAUCGAACAGUAAGCUGGAUAACAAUUGUCUAGAAACGUACCGGUACGACCAUAGCAUCUACUUCAAGACUAUCGGUGAUAUUAAAAGUGACAAGAGAGACCAAAAUCGAAAUCAGGACAGUGCGUCCGUGAGCAGCGAGGAGCAGAUUGAGUGGGAUGCCAACUCGCUCACCGAUCCGAUGUUUAAUAAAUUAUCUUCCGAAGAGACUAACAAUAAUCCAGAUACCGGAGGGGAAAAGGACAGAACGAUGCAAAACACCUGGCCAAUCGUGGAUAUAUCAAAACUUAACUUAAAUCUGAUAGAUAAUCAAGGAAGAAACGAAUGGCUUUCUUGUCCUGCUGAUGAAAACAAUCGUGGAGGAAAUGAGAGACAGACGGAGAACAACAAUGUGAUCUUUUUGGAUAAUUUGAAGGAUAAGAUGGAUAAGGAGGAUCAGGAGGAUCAGGAGGAUGGAUUAAACGGUCAGGAGAGAUUUCGCUCGUUCCGAAAAACCAAACGAUCAUCCAAGAACCUGCGGCGAUCAUCAAUCAUCGGCGAAAACAACGUCGCUUGGCCGGGAGUACUUUUAAAUUACACCAACAACUUUGACAUUGCCAGCGACUCUUCGAAAGAUCAAUAAGAGUAAAAUCCGUCGAGCGGAAAAACUUGCGCAUAAAUACGCGAGCGUUUCGAUCAAUAAAUCGCCCAAUAAAAUAUAAUGUACUUGUAUUGAUGUGCUUUACCAAUUGAAAUACAUAUGUGUUUAUUUUCUGAUUACUAAAGUAAAACUACAUUAGGUAUUUAAUUUCUCUUCUUUGUUUUUUCUAUUAAUUGUAUUCGCACAAAAGUUUUUUCUUAAAUAUUUUGUCCUUCUAUAUCCAAUUUUUCUUGAAAGAACAUAUCUAGUACAGGUGUCUGUAUAUAAUAUUAUAUAAUUAUUAUAUAACAUCAAAUUUAACCAUUCAAAAUAGAGGAUGCAAUAAAUAACAAGUUUUCAAAUUCUAAUAAAAUUGUAUAUUGUGAGUUUAGAAAUAUUUGAGUUAUUAAAUAUUGGAAAUAAAGUUCAAAUAUUAAAAAAAUCUAAUGUAACGAAACAAAUAUUGUAAAUAUAUUUUUAAGUGAAAGGCACUUAAAGAUGCCUUUUAGACAUACGUGCUGUAUGGGUAGUUUUUAAAUUAAAGUUUAUAUAAACUCGUUUCAAAUAAGUCUUAUUUAAUUGUAAUGAUAUUGUCCGGAGAUUUUGUAAAUCCGGAAUAAGUAUACGCUUCAUAUUUAUUUCACUGGAGGAUAAGAAUUAAUAAAGGGUUAAAUAAAGGGUAGACGUUACCGAUUGUCGAUGAAGAAACUUUCCAAAGUAAAAAUAUAACGACAGCAAAUAUAGUAAUCUCCAAUUCUGUAGAGCGAAUGUUUUAGUAAUAAUUGUAUAUGUAUAAACAUAACAGUUAUAAGUAUUAAAUAUUUUGUAAAUCA